GUUUUCCAUCCUGCUAGAUACCGUUCUACGCCUUGCCUCUCUUUUUAUGUUUGAGUACUUUUGCCAAUAGACGACCUCUUUUCUUAUCUUCGCAAUACGGGAGACGCUAUCAAUCAAAGUAGACACUACUUAUAAUGUUUGUCAUACGGCACUCAUAAUAUGACGCUAUGCCGCUGUUGUGCCCACGGGCCUUAGAGCCGAAUGCCGAAAUCCAUUGCACCCAGCGCAACCCAUAGCGCAUAUACAGCUCGCUCAUCAAGUGCGGUUAAAAGCUCGCAUGUACGCGCGUCACAAGCUGGACCUCCCGCUGCCAAUCGUACCCGGACAUCCGGCGACAUCAGCCGCUAUGCCCCACCCAACAUCAAACUUGUGGGCCCCCACGCGGACGAGCUCGAAACGCUCAUCCAGCACUACGACUCGCUCAUCGAGGCACGGGACAGCCAGAUUGUGCUGCUCACAAGUCAACUGGAGUCUGAGCAACGAAGAGCUGCCAUGCUAGAGUCCGAGCUGGGUCUGUCCCUGGCCGCCAGCAGCCGAGCUGAGGCGGCACACGGCACGGAGCUGGCCAAGGUUGAGGGCGAUGUGGCCCGGGUGUUGGCUGAGCGGCGGGGGCUGCUGGAGAAGCUGCAGGGCAUCGAGGUGGUGGAGGACGCGGUGCGGGAGAUGGUGGUGCAAAUGAAGUUCCGAGUGGGCGACGACGAGCGCCCCUCCCCCGAGCAGCUGCAGUCGGAGAAGGAGGCGCUGCGCGGGGAGAACAUCCUCACGGUGCUGGGCAGCCUGAAGGCCAUUCUCAAGACACUGUGGACAUUCAAGGUGGAGGCUGAGGAGGACCUGCGCUGCUCGCGUCAGGGCCGGCAGCAGCAGCAGCAGCAGCUGGUGCUGUCGCUCAAGGCGCGCGUGCGGGAGAUGGAGGCGGCGGUGAGGGAGGCGCAGCGGGAGGCGGCGGCGGCACGGGAGAUGGCCGCCCAGGAGACCGCUGCUCGCGAGGCGCUGCUGGCCGAGAGUCGCGAGGUGCUGUCGGCACUAGAGGGGCAGCAGCGGGAGGUGCUGGCGGCGCUGCGGGGGGCGGCGGAGGAGGCGGCGGGCGCGAGGCGGGCGCUGGCGGCUGCGCAGGAGGAGGGGCGGCGGCGGGACGGGCUGGUACUGCGGAACCAGCAGCUGGAGUCGGCGCGGCACUUUGACAGGGUGGCGCAGGAUCGCGAGCUGCGGCUGAUGCAGACCGCCCACAGCCGCCAGAUCGCCAGCCUUCAGGGGGAGCUGACGCGCAUCGCGGACCUCAUGCUGCAGAACCAGGGUCUGAAGGAGCGGCUGCGGGGCGCGCUGGCCUCCCGCGAGCAGCUGGCGGAGCGCAUGCGGGCGGCGGCGGCAGCGGCGGAGCUGGCACUGAGGCAGCAGCGCGCCCAACACCGCCCCCACAGCAGCCACGGCGGCUCCUCCUACUCCGCCUCCCCCUCCUCCCCCUACCACCACCACCACCACCCGCCCUACCCGCCCUCCACCUACUCCGCCUCCUCACCCUACUCCCAGCUUCCCCCCGCGCCCACCUCCCUCCAACCCACCACCACCACCACCACCACGUCCUCCUCCGACCCUGCCACCGCUGCUCACCCCGGCAGCAACAACCCGCUCCUCCGCCCCGCCACCGCUCCCCCCUACCCCACCGGCACUGCCUUCGUCAACCCCUUCACAGCUGCUGCUGCGGGGACCUCUGCCGGUGGCGGGGGCGGUAAUGGCGGCUAUCCCCCUCCUGCUCUCAUACUAGGUGGGGGAGGUGGCAGCGGCGGCGGCGGCGGCGGCGGCGGAUCCCCGGGCUCCCCUCUCGGCACCGCCAUCUCGGUUGCCACCCCAGCCGGCCCCACCAGCGCUGCUGCUGCUGCUGCUGGCGUCGGCAGCACGACAGGAGGCAGUGGGGGAGGUGGCAGCGGGGGUGGGGGCGGAAGCGGGGGCGGAGGGACCCAGCCCCAGCCUGCCGCCGCUGCCGCUGCCUCCUCCGCACUCCCCCAGCCGCCCUCCCAGCCCUCCCAGCCCGCCUACCGCGGCACCGCUGCUUCCAUGGCUGCUCGGCUGAUGGCGGGUCGGCGCGCGCGAACGCAGCUGCAGGCGCGGGCGGCGGCGGAGGUGCAGGAGAGCCAGGACCCGGUAUACCAGACGCUGGCCAACGUGAACAAGAUGCACCGCGGCGUGCGGUCGUACAUCCGGGAGGUGAAGCAGGGGCUGGCGGAGGCGGCACCCAGCUGGGCUAAACCGCGAGGGCAGCAGCAGCAGGGGGGCGGGCAGCAGCAGCAGGGGCAGCGGUAGUAGCGGGGGCAGCGGUAGUAGCAGGGGCAGCGGUAGCGGGGUAGUAGCAAUGGCAGCGGUAGAGGGGCAGUGCUAGCGGAGAGGCCCAAGUAGGUAGUAGUACGGUGGUGGCGGAGGAGGUGCAGGGAGUACAUUGACCGCACACACAGAAAUGAAUGAUUGGGAGCGACCGUAUAGCAUUAUAGCUCCGUGGCUUUUGGAAAGCGGUCUUGCUUGCUAAGUGUCCGCUUCCUUCUACCUUCUUUACCGGUACCUUGCAUCUUUCCUCGUCGUGGAUUGCAUGAUGCAUUUGCCGUAUGUACAUCGGCAACGUUCUUCGGACGCCUUGUGAUCUUCUAACGAGUCGUGUUACAAUGAAUGUUUCUCUUUCUCCAAGACGGCAUGUCAUGGAUGCAACGCCAAGUGUGCAUGCAAACCUGUAAGCAAUACGGUGAC